AUGCAAUUAGAGGAGGCAAUAGCGCAGGAAGAAAACUACAAAAAACUUGAUUUCAAACUGUGGAAUUUAGUGGUGUUAAGGAGAACAGUUGUGUUUAAAGAUGUUUAUCUAAAUUCUAUAUCUAAUCCCGAUGUAGUUGAUUCCAUAGAUAAUAUUUUUGUGAAUACAAUACUUGUGGAUAGUAUUUUUGGUUCCACAUCACCAGAAAUAUCAUCUGAGGAGUCAGACAAAGAACAAACAAAAUGUUUGUGUGGUGAUUGUGGAGCCAGUAUGUCAACAGAAUUAAUAAGUAAUUUAAACGACUGGGUACUUGAAUGUAAUAUUGCUCUUAUACAUAUAAACUUUGCAGUUGUAGUUUUAAACAAUGAUGAUGACGAAGAAAUAUUUUCAGAAGUUCCAUCAAUCUGGCUGACAAAAAAUAAUACAAAUUGUCUUUGGCCUCCAAAACAUCAUACCCUCUAUAUAAGUAAAAUGUUCCCUUCUCAGGAGGAUUGGGAUAAAUAUGAAAUAGAAGUAGAAUGCUUUUGUGGAACACAUGCGGAGGCCAAACAAAAGGCUGAAGGCACCCAAAAUGAAAGCCUAGAAGGAAGGGGGUGUAGGAUACCUAAACCCCGCGAUUAUUUUAGUCCCGCUGAAGAAGAAAUGCGAGCAAAAAAAUUAAAGGCGAAAAAACAAUGUGUUACAAUUGUUAAAAAGCGAUGGGAAAAUCUACGAGAUAGAUUUGUCAGGGCUCACAGAGAGAUGAACACCCAACCUCCUUCCGGUUCUGCAGGUGGAUGUAAAAAGUCCCAAGAUUUUAUAUUCUAUAAUCAAAUGCUAUGGCUGGCAACAUAUAUAAGAGAGAGAAGCUCACGAUCAUUCACACUGAGAUUAUUUUGCUAUGGUUGUGGAGGACAAAAUAGGAACUCGCACAUCAUCCACACUUUGUAUUAUUGGUUAAAGUUAAAAUCUCCACCAGCUUUAUCAGAAGAUAUAAUAACGUACCCAGUCCGUGGUCACUCUUUUCUACCGGCCGACCGAGUGUUUGGUCGCGUAGAACACGAUCUAAAAAAACAUCCACUUAUCAUAUCAAAAAACGAUUAUAAUGAAAUCUACAAAAGCCAUGGAGUUGUCAGGUCACUUAACAGUGACAAAGGAAAUGGCUGGAGAAUCCACAAUAUCAAAUUAUUAGGAGAAAAACUCAAGAAGAUCAAUGGCAUUUCUAAUAUGAAAGACUGGUACCGAACAAUAUUCAACACUAACAAAACCAAGCUCCCGAGGGACACUCCACUCAGACUUAAAGAAAGGUCAUUAGCAGGUCGAAGGGGCAUACCCAAGAAAAAGAAAAAAUCUUUGAAAAAUUUAUUGAUUAAGCAAUUUGGAAAAGAUUGGAAGAAUGACAAAGACUUGGCUUGGUACAAUGAUUUACUAGGUAGGCAAGGAAUCAAUAUAGAAGAUGAGACAUCAGAUUCUGAACCAUGCGAUUGCCUUGCAGAAAAGAAUGCAGUGCAUAUUUAAAAAAGAAAAGCUGAAAAUUUAAGUGAACUUUUGUCAAAUUCAGAUGACACAGUGAAAGAUAGUGAGGAUGAGAAAGAAAAAGAAAUUCCAUUAGCCAAAGUAGCAAGGCUAGUGGAAAAAGAAAACCAAAAAGUUGGGUUUUUGGACGAGGAUGAUGAUGGUGAAAGUGAAGGUGAUUAA